AUGCCUUUAUUCGCAGCUGGUCUUAUCCUUCCUGAACUGUCACUAACACCGCUACAGGUUUCUUCCAAGAACGCCCCACCAGCUGCUGCCUCUUACUCCCAUGCAGUCAAGGCCAACGGAUUCAUCUACGUUAGUGGCCAAAUCCCUUUCACUGCUGAGGGAAAGCCUGUCGAGGGCCAAAUUGGUGACAGGGCUGACCAAGUCAUCAAGAACGUGUUGGCUAUCUUGAAGGACUCAAACUCUUCUUUGGAGAGAAUCGUCAAGGUCAAUAUCUUCCUGACUGAUAUGGGCAACUUUGGUGCCUUCAAUGAAGUCUACGCCAAAUAUUUCAGUGUCCACAAGCCAGCCAGAUCAUGUGUUGCCGUUGCAGCCUUGCCAUUGGGUGUUGACGUUGAGAUGGAGGUUGUUGCCCUUGAAAACUAG